CCCUCUCACACACACACACACACAUACACACACCCUCGAGUUCACGCACACACACAGACACACAAACACACACACAUACAGACGCAGUGGAAAAACAACAAUUAUUUUGCAUCGCAGGCGAUAAGUUAAAAGUGAAUUAGACCGCAUUGGAACAUGUCAGCGGCUGGCAGAUCGGACGACGAUCCCGGCCAGAAUCCGGCCGUAGAUCAAGAGCCGGAUCCGGGACAAUCGACGCCAGCGGUGGCCGAAAUCGCCGCCUCCAGUAUUCGUUCUGGCCUGGCCGAGCUGGAGCUGCGUUCCUCGCAGGUGCUGCAGCGUUUGGAGAACGUUAAGGUUUCAUCGACGCCCGACAAUCAUCCCAAUUCCGAUGAGAAUCCAGAGGAGCCGGCAGCGGCGGCGGCUGCGGCUGCCGAGGAUCAGCUGCAUAGUCAUCUGCCGGCGGAGCAUCGGGUGCCCUCCGAUAUCCUCAAGUCCUUGGAGCAACUCGUCUCCUACACGGACAGCGACGACGAUCCGGAAUUCCCGCUGCCCGCCCUCGACGAUGUCUCCCACUUGGCCCUCAUCUCGCACAGCAUCGUGGCCUAUUUGUCGCACCUGGACCGCCAGCAGCUGCUCCGGGUGACGAACAGCAUUUCGGGCGAUGCCACCCGCUGGCUGGGCACGUUGUUUCAUUUUGCCCAUCCGGCCAGCAGCUUCCAUGCGGACAAUGCGGACGCAGUGCUGCGUACGGUGCGUCUGGCCAUUGUGGCCAGGUGUCCGGGUUAUCUGGAGGGUGGGAUUCCAGCGCUGGCCCAGCCCACGUUCUACAUUUCGGAGAAUACGACGCCGGUGAGGCUGCAAUACGCCUGCCGCCAGUUGGGCAUACCGCUGGAGGCGAUCAAGAUCAUUCCGGAGCACAGCCAGUACGGGACGAUGGAUGUGACGCUGCUGCAGAAGCAAAUCCAGCUGGAUGUGGGCAACAACAGGACGCCGCUGCUGGUGGUGGCCGAUAUUGGAGCCUCACUGUGCGGCUAUGUGGACAAUCUGCUGCGACUGAGGGACGUCUGCAAGGCGCACAACAUGUGGCUGCAUGCCAGUGGCCAUGGCCUGGCCGCCCUGGUCUGUGCCCAGAAUCAGGGUCACGUGGAGGAGGUGCUCCACUCGAUGGCCUUGAAUCUGGGCAGCUGGCUGGGCGUGCCCAGUCUGCCGAUCGUCCUGCUGCACCGUCCGCUCCAGAAUAGCGCGCUGAGUGCCUUCGAAUCCGAUCCCAUACUGUCGCGUCGCUUGAACGCCCUGUCCUUGUGGACCAGUCUGCAGGCACUGGGACGCAAGUCGAUUGCCGAGCGCCUGCAUGUGGCCUUCCAGACGUGCAGUAUUCUCUUCGAGAUUGCCUCCAAGUGCGAGGGCAUCCGGGUGUUGAGCCAUACGCCUGGAGCUCAGACCGGAGCCUCUUUGUCGGACAUUAUACAGAGCCCCUUCGAUGUGCAGGCGCUCUUCGAUGCCGCCGCCCCUGUGGUUGCCUACCAGUUCGAUGGCAGCACCACCAUUCCACUGGGGGGCAGUGGCUCCUCGGCCGCUGCAGCCGCCGCCGCCGAGCGGGAAACGAUGGCCGAUGGCCUCAAGCCGCUGGAGAAGAUCAACAAUGCUUCCUACUUUGACCGCCUCAACUCCUGGCUGGGUCAGAUCCUGCAACGCGACUGUCCCAAUUUUGACUUCGAGGUGAUUGAGCAUCCGACGCACGGCAGCUGCAUCCGCUACUGUCCGCUGGAAUUGGGCUUGGGUGAGCAGCCGCCCAGCUCGGAAAAUCUGGAGAGUUUCGCCCAGAGUUUGGAGGCGCACGUGGAUAUCCUACGGGCGACAAUUAAGCACAAGGCACGCUUCAUCCAUCUGGUGGAGCGCAGUGAGGUGCUGCGCCUCGUGCCGCUGCCCGAAUGGGCGGGCAUGGGCGGUGUACGCUUCGUGCCCGAGGGCUGGGAGUCCCUGCUCACGGACCAGGCCAAGACCGAGCUGAACAAGCUCAACAUCGAUCUGGUGGAGGCACUCAAGUCCACGGACAAUGCCUUCUCCCUGGGCGAGGGCACCGAUGGCCUGAUUUGUGUGCGCUUCGGCAUGGUCACCCACGAAACGGAGGUCGAGGAGCUGCUGGAUCUGGUGGUCACGGUGGGCAAGAGCGUUCAGGAGAACUCGAGGGUGUUGGACACCAUGUCCGAGAUUGUCAAGAAGGGCAUCGAGGCGGUCACUGCGGAUCUGCAGCGGGAGUCGGAGGAGAAGCUCUGGCAGGAGGGCAUCCUGCGGCAUGUGCCAGUGGUGGGGCGAGUCUUCAACUGGUGGUCACCGCCGGCCAAGGAGUCGGGCAUCAAGGGGCGCAGCCUCAAUCUCACCCAGGGUGUGGUCGAGAGCACCGAGAAUAUUUACAAGUACCACAUGCAGAUGACUGGAGCCACUGCCCAUCAGUUGCCGGCGAAUCGUUCGCCACCCACGCCCAUGGUGCAGACGCCCGUGGGCGCGCCCUCGUCGCCGCCCGUCUUUCCCACAGUGGAGCCCGUACCGGGAACAGCAAUCGUGGCCACAGUCGGUUCGGUCGAAGCCACGCCGGCGGAUGCUUCGGAAUCGGGAGCUUCGGGCGCGCCACUGCCCACACAAAACCAUGUGGAUGCGGAUCAUGCCCGCACUGUCAGCCAGAGCAGUGCCGCCUCCUCCAAUGUUCCCGAACUCGUGGCCGCCAACAGUGCAAUUAACAAUAAUUAACAAAAGUAUAAUAAUUCAAAAUACCUUACCUAUAGAUGAACAGCGGAAAUAACUUUUAGAUCAAGGCAGAGCCAGCAAAAUGGAUUUCAGAGUGGGAGAGGCCUUAAAAGCAGCAAUAUCAAACAAGGCUUAACGAAAAAAACAAAAAAAAAAAAACAACAAAAAAAAAAAAAACAA